AUGGCUGCAGACGAUGAAGAUACCGGGCUAGUACUCAAACUGAUAAUCUGUCUCAUCGCAGCUGCAUCGGCCGCCGUCGUAGUCACCAUCUACCACUGCAUCACCGCCAAACAGCACACCAACCACCGCCGCCGUGACCCACCGGCGCCGCCGGAGACGACAACGGCCUACGAUCUGGAGGCGAUGAGUAUGGAGAACUCGGUGGCGGAGCUCCUCCCUGCGCGUAAAUUCGAGAAGGGGGUGGUGGAGGACGGCGCGUCGUGCGCCAUUUGCCUGUGCGAGUUUGAAGACGGGGAGGAGGUGCGGACACUACCGGAGUGCGCGCACGCGUUCCACGCUCCAUGUAUUGAUAUGUGGCUGUACUCGCAUUCCAACUGCCCCGUGUGCCGACGCGCCCUCGUCGGAUUGGAGUACUACUCUUCUCCGCCGCUGAUGCACUUGCUGCAUACAAAGUAUCCCCUAUGGAAGAUUGCCAUCACCUCAAAUCUUCAAUCAUAG